AUGGGGAUUCGUAGAUCACUAGAGCAAAGAGUCUCUCAAAAAGUCGGUUCUUCAAAAAGGCCUGUAAAUAGCGCGGUGAAGAGAACGAGUAGGAUUAAAGUACUGGGGCAGCCCGGCUGGAACACACCGCUUCAACCAGAUGAUGAAGAAAGCCAAAGGACACUUCAGGAAAAUGGCACUUUUUUGUGUCGCUCAUCCUCGGCUUCUAAGGGGAAACAGCGAAGGAAGUCAGUUGGCAAGUCAAGAGACUCUUCACCUGAUAAGGCUCCUACUUCCGAUAUGGUUGAUGCUAAAAAUUCUCAACGAUUCAAAGAAGAAGAAGAAAGGAAAAGGAUUCAGGACCAGUACGACCGCCUAAAGCAAAAACAGCGUCAGGAAAGUGGGUUACUUUUACAACCAACGCCAUCUCAUCAUUAUUUGGAACAUCCACCUCCUUAUGGUGUGCUUGACCCUCUUCGAUCAUGCGUUCGUUGUUUGUUGGGCAGCUAUCUCUUUGAAAACGUCUUAGAAAGACCACAUAGUUUCAUUGCAUUUCGACAUUUAAGAAAGUCUCAGAAAUUAAAGAGAAGUAAUGUUCAGGAGGAUGCUACUAACCAAUGUGGAGGGAAGCACUCUGAUGAACAAGGCGUUUCGCCAGAAUUUCAUGUGGCUAAUUCAAAGUUCUACUGUAGGAAUUUGAGGAACGGGACAGGAAAGUGGAGAGGGAACGCCAUUCAGACUUUUUCGGAUCCUCAAGUAGAAGAGUCGGGACGCAAGGCGAAUCCGCUUUUAUUACGUAUCCCAGUCGUAACGUCAACUCCUACGAGUUCGGCAGCUUUGAUGAACAGCGACGAGAACCAAAACAUACCCGUUACUGCGGUCAACAGUACAGGCAGCUACGGUACCAAGGGGAAUUCAGCGCAGAUUACUGUGAGGCCUUUAAUGCGUGGUUCGUCCGCGGUGAAACCCCAAGCAGUGGAACACCGCAGCUCCCGCCCAGUAGAGGGUACUUGGACAUACACUCGAGGUAUGGCAUACCCUUUGGCUACUACCCAAACGUCUUCCCAGAAGGAUCCAGUCCUUCAGCAAGGAGGACCUACCAUGAAAGGUUCCAUUCAUGCCCAGGUCAGCAGCCCGUCAUAUUCAGGCCAAAAGACCCGAGCGGUGAGUUCAAAGGAACCAUUUCGCCGUCUCCCCGUCGCAUUUCCGACUUCUAGAACAGUCUUUUGGGCAAAUACGCCUCCAGUUGCAGACACCAUGCAGGCACGGCUUAGAACCGGCACAAAAUUAAAAGGAGCUCCGCCUACUCCUAUGCACCUAUCUAGUAAGGCACGCGAGUUUAAAGCGUCGUCUGUCUGUAUAAAGCGCACCCCAUUUCCUCCCCCCGUAUCACUCGACUGCCCUUCGAAACUCUAUGACCGGCCUCGAUCCCCACUGAAGUAUGUCAAAUCACACUCUGUUCCCCAAUAUUCGAGAGGAGCAGUCGUUACCACUCCGUCAACCCAUAAGGCGGACGACCUCCAAUUUCGAAAAUACGAGGGUGGACGUGAGACAGAUCACCCAGCAUCAGAAGCUGCUAAUCCACCUCCAAAAAAUUUCUCCCCUUCUCGAAUAUCUCCAGCCGUUAAGGCCCCCGACUUAGUACACGGAGGAAGUGGAUGGUAA